CUCAAAUCACUCUGCUCUCACUCGCGCUCCUUCCAUUAUUUCUGUUCCUCUCAAAUCUCUGUCUCUUCAUUUCUUUCUUUCUCUUCAUUUUUUUCUUUCUCUUCAUUUUUCUGCCUUCUCUUUCCCUCGCAAAGAGUAGAAAUGUCAGAGAAUAGAUUCCUGAGUAGCAUUUCUAACUCGACUAUACGAAGUCUCCUUCCCAAAUCCGUUUCAUCCAAGAGCAGAAUGAGUUUAACUCGUUCCAAAUCCAGAUUCAACGGUGAAAACAUAGCCCCUAUGGAUCCCAACGUCCAGAUAAGCGACCCGCCGUUGUUUUCUUCUAAUUCUAUCCCCAAAAAGGCCCAGUCAAAACAGGCAAACCCCAUAAAGGAACUCGCCAGAUCAGAGGCCAAAGUGGAAGUAUCCAAAGCUCCCGACUCACCAGUUAAGGUUGUGGUGAGGAUCAGACCAGGAGAUGGCCUCACAACUGGAGAUCGGUUGGUUAGAGGAGUUUCUAAGGAUUCAGUGUCUGUUGGUGAUAAAAAGUUCACUUUUGAUUCGAUUUUCGAUUCAAAUUCAACUCAGGAGGAUGUAUUUCAAUCAGUUGGGAUCCCUUUGGUUAAGGAUGCAUUGGCAGGUUAUAACACAUCACUCUUGGCUUAUGGACAGACUGGGAGUGGAAAGACAUACACAUUGUGGGGACCUCCCAGUGCAAUGGUUGAGACCCCAUCAACCAAUGGUCUUCAGGGCAUUGUUCCACGCAUUUUCCAGAUGUUGUUUGAUAACAUUCAGAGAGAGCAUGAGAAUUCUGAAGAUAAACAAAUAAGUUACCAAUGUCGUUGUUCAUUCCUUGAGGUAUACAAUGGCCAAAUUGGGGAUUUACUUGAUCCUAUGCAGAGGAAUUUGAAGAUAAAGGAUGACACCAAAAAUGGAUUUUAUGUUGAGAAUCUGACAGAGGAAUAUGUGAGCACAUAUGAAGAUGUCACACAGAUUUUGAUUAAGGGUCUUUCAAGUAGAAAGGUUGGGUCAACAGGAGUAAACUCAAAAAGUUCAAGGUCUCAUGUUGUGUUCACAUGCAUCAUUGAGUCCUGGUGCAAGGAGAACUCAUCAAAGUGCUUUGGUAGUUCAAAGACAAGCAGAAUUACCCUGGUUGAUCUUGCUGGAUUUGAACGAAAUGUACUUGAAGAUGCGGGUAGACAAGGUAUAAAGGAAGGAAAAUUCGUGAAGAAGUCUACGUCACAGCUCGGGCGUUUGGUUAAUAUCCUCUCUGAACAAAGCCAAAGGGAACUUGAAGUUGUUCCCUAUAGCUGUUCCAGUUUAACACAUUUAUUGAGAGAAUCACUUGGAGGGAAUGCCAAACUCUCUGUCAUAUGCACAAUCUCGCAGGCUGACAAGCAUGCAAGUGACACAAUAAGCACACUUAGAUUUGGGAAGAAGGUGAAGCUCAUGAAGAAUGAACCAGUGAUCAAUGAAAUCACUGAAGAUGAUGUUAAUGGUCUGAGUGAUCAGAUUCGUCUGCUGAAGGAAGAACUUAUCAGAGCAAAGUCCAGUGUGAACAAUGUGUCUGGAAUCAACAGUGGCUAUUUCAAAGGGCACAAUAUGCGUGACAGUUUGAAUCAGUUGAGAGUGAGUCUGAACCGCUCGCUGAUGUUGCCCCGUAUUGAUAAUGAUUCUGAAGAGGAAGUUCACAUCAAUGAAGAUGACAUAAAAGAACUCCAAGUUCAGAUUGAUAGCAGCAUGCAUUAUUCACACGAGGAGAACUCAAAAGAAACAAUCGAGACCAAAGACUGCAGCAAGUUCUGCUCAGCUGAAGGUUCUGUGGCAGAUGUAAUGAGUGAACAUUACAUCAGCUGUUCAGAAGAAGAAGGUGAAAUUGAAGAAAUUGGCUCUGAAGUAUUUCAGUCAGAGCUCCUUCAUCCAAGUAGAAUCUCGAUCGAUACAAGCCACCAGUGCACUGUUCUCCAAGAUCCUGUGUUGUCUGAAUCUCCAAAAUUUGGAAAUACUCAGAGGAAAAGUUUAGUUAUAUCAUCAAGUCCCUUGUUGAAUGAGAGUGAUAAGCAAGACAAUUCCAGAUGUUCUGCAUUACCUCAAGCCCCCGAAAAGGUCCAGUCUUCCUUGAGGUCAAGCAGAAUAUUUCCCGGACCAACCGAGUCUUUGGCUGCUAGUCUUCAUAGAGGUUUACAGAUAAUUGAUCAUCACCAGCAGAACUCUGCAUCAAUGAGAUCUUCUGUCGCCUCGUUCUCAUUCGACCAUUUUGCCAUGAAACCAUGUGUGUCUUCUGUUGACAAGGCAAAAACUAUUCAAACAUCAUCAGAAGGGCAACAAAGUUCUGAGACAUGGAUAGUACCCGUUGAUGGAACUAAUGGUCAUAGAAAGGCAGAUCAAGUUCCUAAAGAAUAUGAGAAAGAUCUAACAGAAGCUCUGGAGAGAGAGAAGAAGCUUGAAAGUGUUUGCAAGGAACAAGAAGAAAAGAUCCAGCAGCUCAGCCAACUGCUAGCACAGUGCAAAUGUGAGACACAGAAUAAUGUUCUGAUUGAGUGCAACAGUGCUGCCAUUGGUUGUGAGGACAUGGAUCAUAAAAAAUGGCGACAAUCAAUAAAUUUCAAAGAAAAGCUUCUGGAAUGGAAUGGUAACAGAGAUUGUGAACAAGAGAUUGUCAAAGAAAUCCAGGGAGAGGUCGAUCACGAUGAUAGGGGCAAAUGCUUUGAUAUGGCAGAGAGGGAUGCCCUUCUUACAGAAAUUGAAAAUCUAAAGAGCAAACUGCAGCCACAUACUGAUGACCCUAUGAACAAAUCAACCGAAAGAGCGAGGUCCUCUUUGUUGUUGCAAUCAAUCCAAUUGGGAAAGAGUGGUGCAUAUGCAAAAGGUUUUAGUGAGGAAGAACUCGAGUCAGAAAGGCAGAGAUGGACCGAGAUGGAGAGUGAAUGGAUUUCUCUAACUGAUGAAUUGAGAAUCGAUCUUGAGUCCAUCCGCCAACGAGCAGAGAAGGUGGAGAUGGAGUUGAAACUUGAGAAGAAGUGUACCGAGGAGUUGGAUGAUGCACUUCAAAGAUCUGUCCUCGGGCAUGCUAGAAUGGUUGAGCACUAUGCUGAACUGCAAGAGAAGUACAACGACUUGGCUGAAAAGCAUCGGUUGAUCAUGCAAGGAAUUCAAGACGUUAAAAAGGCAGCUGCAAAGGCAGGAACAAAAGGUCAUGGUGCUCGGUUUGCCAAGUCCCUUGCAGCCGAGCUAUCCGCCCUGAGAGUGGAAAGGGAGAAGGAGAGAGACCUUCUGAGAAAGGAGAACAGAAGUCUCAAAGCUCAACUUAGAGACACUGCAGAAGCAGUCCAUGCAGCCGGUGAACUUCUUGUUAGAUUGAGAGAAUCAGAGGAAACAGCUUCUGUUGCAGAGGAGAACUUCACAGCAGCACGAGAAGAGAACGACAAGCUGAAGAAACAAAUAGAGAAACUGAAGAGAAAACACAAGAUGGAGAUGAUCACCAUGAAGCAGUAUCUUGCUGAGAGCAGAUUGCCAGAAGCCGCUUUACGCCCACUGUAUAGGGAGGACUCUGACAUACCCCAGAAUGACACCUCAUCAUCACACCCUGUUUAUGAUGAUGAUCAGGCAUGGAGGGCAGAAUUUGGUGCCAUAUAUCAAGAUCACCAUUAUUGAAUCACCUCAAGUGUUUAGCCAACUACACAGUCCCUACUCGGGACUUGCAGAGAUGCAGUCUACUGCAGCUUUGGUGUUUUUCAUUCAUACCUUUGAUGUUUCUAUUCACAAGACAGGAAAUUGUGUCACUUCAGCUGUUGUUCCAACAGCUCUCUCAUUCAUUCUCAUUUUUUCAUGUUAUUUGAUUAUGCAAAGGGUGUAUUUGAACAGCAACCAAUAUUAUUUGUAUGAAGAUAUAUAAUAUUCAUCUAUUCAA